AUGGCACGCAAGAAGGUGAAUCUCCAGUGGAUCUCCAACAAUGCUACUCGGCGUGCGACGUAUAAGAGACGCUCCCAGGGCCUGGAGAAAAAGGCUAGUGAGCUCACCACACUCUGUGGCAUCAAGUUGUGUGUAGUGAUGUAUGGCCAGGGCAAGGCUCAGCCAAAGGUGUGGCCCUCUGAUGAAGAGGCCAAGGAACUCCUCAUGAAAUUCAACAGCACGCUAGAUGUCAGUAGCCUCAAGAAGACAAAGAACCAAGAGGAGUUCCUCCACAGUCGCUCCUUGAAGCUCCAUGAGCAGGUAAGCAAGUUGGACCAUGAAAAUCGCGAGCGUGAGACCUUGGACCUCCUCCAUGAUAUCAUGUAUGGAGGACGCCCGGGCCUCGUUGGCACUGACAAAGACGAGCUCCUUAGCCUUAGGGAUAUGGUGGAGAUGAAGAUGAGAAAAAUCAAAGCACGGCUUCAGCAGCUUGUGGUCGGGGAGCGAGUCCUCCAACAGCCAUUGCCGCAGGUGAUGCUGCCAACGUCAUCCUCGUUGCAGACACAAGCUUCUUGCUACACCUACAAUGAGAUGCAAAGCAUGGCAGUACUAGAGGAACACCGUCCCUUGCAGCAGAACUGGAGACUUGCCAACCUAGCCCCAAACUACAGUCCCUUCGCAGGUUGUAGCAGUGGGGGUGAAAUGAUGCACCCUUACAAUCUGGGUGCUUGUUCAGGGCUCCCAUCGGCACAGUAG